CCUAACCCUCAGCUGCGAUCCAGCGACCGUCAACAGCAACAACUACUGCUGAAGCCGGCUCAUUCACUCUCCGUCUCUCAUUCUCGGGUGGAUGGAACAAACACAUUAUAGGCAAAGGAAAAUAAGUGUUUUAAUAUAAGUGCGAACUUCAAGCACCGAGAAGUGAUUAAAGCACCCACAGCCAUGGCAACAAUAGGGGAUUUCGACCCAGUCAACUCCAUCGUACCUGCGACAAAGAUUGAAAUCACAGUUUCUUGCAGAAACCUGUUAGACAUGGACACCUUCUCAAAGUCAGAUCCAGUGGUGGUGUUGUACGUUCAAGGCCUGGGGACUAAGGAGUGGAGAGAGUUUGGUCGGACAGAAGUGAUCGAUAACACGUUGAACCCCGACUUCGUGAGGAAGUUUGUUCUUGAUUUCUUCUUUGAAGAGAAACAGAAUCUUCGCUUUGAUGUGUACAAUGUGGAUACCAGAAGCUGCAACCUCUCAAAACAUGACUUCCUGGGUCAGAUGUUCUGUACACUUGGGGAGAUUAUUGGCUCAACUGGCAGCAGGCUGGAACGGACGCUCUCUGGAAUUCCUGGGAAAAAGUGUGGAACCAUCAUCUUCACAGCCGAGGAGCUCAGUAACUGCCGGGAUAUAGCUACUAUGCAGUUCUGUGCCAACAAACUGGACAAAAAGGAUUUCUUCGGAAAGUCUGACCCAUUUCUUGUCUUCUACCGCAGCAAUGAGGAUGGGACGUUUACCAUCUGCCACAAGACUGAAGUGAUCAAGAACAAUCUGAACCCUGUCUGGCAGCCAUUUACCAUCCCCGUUCGAGCGCUUUGUAAUGGAGACUAUGACAGGUGA